CAGAACAAAGCUGGGUUGCUGCUGCUGCCGGGGUGAAAAUACAGACUUUUCUCCUAGGAUCCUGUAUUUGUUUUAACGCAUAAACUUCACCAUGCCCAACAAAACGACUCCUCUCCUCUUUAAGGCGCUGCUGGAGAUGUCUGAAGCCCACUCAUCAAAAGUUGUGCGAGGAAACGCUAAAAGGGCAAAUAUCAGACACUUGGGCUCCUAUGGGGUCCUGGCAGUGAGAAGGGCUAGCCUGCCUCUCUGCCCCGCCACCCCCAUCAGCACACCCAGCCGCAGCUUCAUCAACCUUGCUGCUCCCAUGAGUACCCGCAGGAUGGAGUAUACCGAGUGCCGGACAUUAGGGUAUACUCCAGAGCAGAUGUACAAUGUUGUGGCCAGCGUGGACCAGUACCAGCAAUUUGUUCCCUGGUGCAAGAAGUCUCGGGUCAUGAAGGGACGUAAUGGUGACGUCCGGGCAGAGCUUGAAAUAGGUUUCCCCCCCAUUGUGGAGCGCUACACCUCUGAGGUCACCGCUGUCCCAAACCACCAAGUCAGGGCUGUGUGUACUGAUGGAUCCCUCUUCAGCCAUCUUGAAACAAUAUGGAGGUUUGCCCCUGGAGCCAAAGAUCUACCAGACUCCUGCAAAGUGGAUUUUUAUGUGUCAUUUGCGUUCAAGUCUCUACUGCACUCACAGCUGGCCAGCGUGUUCUUUGAAGAAGUGGUUAAGCAGAUGGUCAGUGCCUUUGAGUCACGGGCAGCGACACUUUACAGCAACCAGCAAGUGGCGUCAUUGAGGAGGCGAUCGAUAUGAGGCGACCCUUUUGACCUCCUGUCCUUCAUAUCCACUGGGACUUUUAACUAAACCCUGCUCUAAAUACUAUCAACACUUGUCUUACACUGGAGACUGGAUCUUCUUUGUGCACUCACUUAUAUGUUAUACUUGAGUUGCCAUGCACUAGGAAUAUACUUAUAACUAUUCAUAUAUAAGCCACAAGAUAAUUUAUUUGCUUUCUUGUACAUACAGUAUUUAUUUAUUUUAGAGAUAGGAAUAAAUGCAUGGAUGCAAAUUAUCAUGUUGAACACAAAUGUUUUCUAUGUAAACUGUGGGAUAAUGUACAGACAAGUGACUCCUGCUCAGUGUGUAAACAACUAAAAACGAGCAUUUUCUUGUACAGCAUUUUGCAGUCUGUGGAAUAAAAAAGCUUUUAUUUUGGUAAA